AUGAGUCAUGCAGAGGGUGAUGGGGAUGGGAGUGAGAGCUGCGCAUAUGCCUGUUUUUCUCUUGGUACAAAGGCAUCAUUGAAUGCUUUCUCCUGGUCAGAAUUCAGAGAGCAACAAACAAACAAGGCACCUCGUAGUGUUAAAACCAGACCAUUAUGUGACUUCUGCAUUAUGUCUCGUUCAUGCAGCUCUAGUUUGUCCUGGUGUUUUCUCAGCUUUUUGCUGGCUCUCAACUCAUACCAUUCCUGGUCUGCUCCGGAUUUCUCAGAUUUCCUCCACACUGUGUUGAAGAACCACACGGCCCACGCAUGUGAUGGAGAGACGCUGACCAUCAGGUGUCCCUCAAAAACCUCAGUGGUUGUUUUAUCUGCAUUCUAUGGACGGCGAAUACCAAGUCAGCACUUAUGCCCCAAUGCAAACGCAAACAUCACAGAGGAAAGCACAGAAUGCAUGUCCACCAUCGCCAUACAGAAAGUGGUGUCUGAGUGCCAGGAUCGAAGGGUAUGUCAGAUUCCUGUGGCAAGUCCAGUGUUUGGACAAGAUCCCUGCCCUGAAACCAGCAAGUAUCUCCUGGUUUCCCACAAGUGUCGGCCUGCACAUCACCGCUUGCGGACAGUGUGUGAGAAUGAGAAGAUGCGGCUCGUCUGUAAGAACGACACUGUGCUGGCCAUCUACUCCGCCACGUUUGGCCACCUGGAGCAUGACACCCCCAUAUGCCCUCAAGAGGGGCGUGUGAAGCCUGACAUGGAGUGUUUGUCUCCAUCAGCAUUGAGAAAGGUAUCAAGGAAAUGUCAUGGCAGAACAAACUGCACUUUGGUGGCCAGUGUGCAGAGCUUUGGUGACCCCUGCUUCCCCGGCACCAGCAAACAUCUGCGCGUGACUUUCACAUGUGUUCCUAGGUAUUUGCUAGAAGAUAUGGGACGUGGAGGCACAGAUCCUUUCCGAAUCUCUGAUUAUACACAUGGUGGCUGGUACACUGGCCCUGGUGUGUACAGACCACAAAACAUUUUCACCAACACUUUGGAAAUCUUUUUCCAGAUCCAGGGUCUUCCAGAGACAGUGGCUCUGUACUUUGUCUCAGGCAUAUGCGCUGGUUUGGUCUUCCUGCUGUGUCUGUUUGGUGUGAAAUCUACCCUGGUGCGAGAUGUGAAGGAUUUGGUGUCAGAUAUAGAGGAUGAGAUUAAGACUGCACGCAGAUCGCGCCGUGGGCUGAUCAAUGACGACAAUAUCUCCUUAGAUUCUUCCUUUCCUCGCCUUACACAUCCUUACCGUGGAGCUGACAUGUUCAGCCCAGAGAUGGUCAUGACAGUGGUCAUGGACGAGAAGAGAGAUGAGGAAAGGGACAAAGCAGAGGUUCCAAAUGGAGACAUUUGGCCACACUGCAAUUUCAGCCCUUAUGCCAUCCAUCCACUUCAGAAAUGAAUGCAUAUCAGUUAUGGACUUGCUUAUUGUGCUAAAGAUUUGACCAAAACACAGUGAGAUGUUGUUCAUGUGUGUUGAUUACCUGUUGAUUUGUAGAGAAUUCAUUUACUUUAACACUCAUUUAUAGUAAUUAACAAGAUAAAAUUUGCAUUUAUUCCAAUACUUUGUCAUAUAAAGCACUGCAAGACUUACCUGAUUAACAACUGUUACCUAUAAUAAACACCUUGUUAAAAUAUCCAGUAUAUACAACAUUACCAUUAGUUUUGUGUCUAUUACUGAACAUACAUAACUUUCUAUAACUGUCUAUUGGAUGCUUUUGGGAUACAAAUGUCUGUUUAUUUGUGAGAAUUUUUGUAAUGUAAUGUUUUGAUGGUGGAUCAAAAUAUAAAAUAAUUAAAUAAAAACAAAAAAAAAACA